AUGGGUCGCGACCGCGAUGUCCCGGACUGGAUAGGCAACAUGUUUGAUAACUACAGUGUCAAAUGCCCAGAUGGAAGCAUAUGGGAACUAAACGAAAAGAUUAGCGAGAAAUCAUUUGUGCUCGAUGGGGACGAGCCUGACGCCAUCGCAGAGUCCCAGGCAGUAUACCACUGCAGGCAGACCAAGGGCCCGUCUAUGGGUAUGGAAGCCAUCGCUAAAAUUCGAAUGCAGGUUCCGUCCGAAUAUCCAGCGAGCUCAGACCCAUGUAUCCGUUCCUGUGAAGCUUGUAUGGAUGGGUAUGCCGCUCCGACAGCUCAAGAGAUAGAUAUCUUGGAACACUUUGCUGAAACGAACUGCACUGUAGUUCCUCGUCUUCUGCAUUGCGUGAUUAAAAAUCAAGAUAUGAACAUGCUGGUACCUAGGGGCUACUUGGUUGUGCUGAUCAUGGAGAAGUGCCCAGGGGUUACGCUGUCCGAUUUUUGGGAUUAUGAUGAGGCGAAGAGGGAGAAGAUACGAGAUGCGUUUCGUAGGGAUUAUAUGAAAUUAAUGGCAUGUUUUGCCUAUCAUGGCGAUCCAGGUCUUCGUAACAUUAUCUAUGAUGAGCAGGAGAAUAAGUGCUGGUUCAUUGACCACGAAAGUACAUUCAUCACGGAUGGCCCGAGACCAACGAAAUUCUACGAGAGCGAAUAUGUGCGUUGGGGGCUUAAACCGUAUGUGAGUCUCGGGCUGAAAUAA